UAUGACAGCUUCCUUUCUUCUUUCGUUGCUGUAACGUCAAGAUUAAAGAAAUUAUUCGCAUUUUUGCAUAAAAUUAAUAUUUCUUAUAUUUUUAACCGGUUAAACACGUAAAAUAUUAAUAUGUUAACAUUUUAUAGCUAUCAGGCAACGCCCGUGCGAUUCUUUUUGUCGGUUUAUGUCAUAAAAAAUCUAUGUUAGGUUAUGAAUCGUAACGUUGAUUUUCAAUACUUUUUGUCCGUUUCCAUGUGUGUUUAAGAAAUAUAAUAAAUUUACAUGGAUUUCGUGAAGAGGGAAUACCAAUCUGUGAUGGACGAGGAGAGUUUAAAAGCAUUUAAAUAUUCAGACAUGUAUCAAAAACAACAUGUAGAGAUGGCAGCUGCUCAACCCACAGCUAUUUCUAUGGAGCAGAUACACCAAGCAAUGCAGAACACUAUGAACACCUCAAUCGUACAUAACCUACAACUGCCCCUUUCACCUCGCCAAAUCUCAACGCUCAUGUUAAAAAGUAACCAAAUUGGACGAAACCUGAAUUUCAACAACAUUCAAUAUUUACAGAGAAAUUUGAAUUCAGAACUUGAUUUAGUGCACAUGAGCGAAAUACAACAAAAUUUGAGCAGGCACGACGUAGAUAUGACAAUGGGUCGAAAUUUGGCCAACGAUUUGGAAUUACCAAAUGGAUUGGCGCACAUACCAAAUUUAGAACAAGAUUUACGUAUCGCUGAUUUACCUCAAAAUUUAUCCGAAAUGGGGCAGGAGAUCGAUUUGUCUCAGCAUUUAAACAGGCACUCGGAGCAUGAUAUGUUAGUGCAAGAGAGGAGGUUGUCCAUUUUACAAGAUGGUCAAGUUUUAGAUCAUAAUUUUGCGCAAACUUUGGAACAAAAUUUGGCGCACAGAUUGGAUCAAGUAUUGGCUCAACGUAUGGGCUAUAGUGUUGUAAAUGGAGUGCUGUUGCACGAUGGUCAAAGAGUUGACGAGCAUAUGCUGCCGAUGCAGUUCCAUAUCAAAUCGGAGCAAGAGGAUGAUGCUUAUUUUUACGAUAGUAUGAAUCAAUUGCCGAAUGUCAAUGGAAUGAGUGGUCAAAUACAAGAGCCCUCACCGCAGCCCAUUCAGCAAGACAGCCAAUUAUAUUCCGAAUACACCAAUCAAAUGCCGAACGUUCCGGCUUUGAAUGCCAUAGACCUUUACUCGCGGCAGCCCUACCAAAACUAUGCGGUAACCAGAGACAAUCCACAAAAUCUAGUGGUCAAUAGACAAUAUGAGAACACCAGUCCGUAUUCCGAAGAAAUGAAGAAAUCCGUUCAAAAUGACAAUUCGAAAAUUGAACAACCCAAAGAGAAUUUGAAACCUUCAGAUCAGAAUAAAAUAUAUUAUGCAGAAUAUCCAUCGACUCUCUGUUCGUACAGUGAAGCCAAGGAGAAGAAUGAGAACGAUCCCAGCAUCACAAAUAAGUUGUAUUCCGAUGACCUCGCCAUGGACAUUAAAGGGGAAUACACGUGUUACAAAUGCCAAGCAGUUUUUCCAUCAAAACGAUCUCUGAAACAGCAUUCAAAGAGCUGCUUGGAAGAAGGCAGCGAUUUAGAGAAACUAGGCAAGUUUAGCUGCUCUCAGUGUUCUUACCGGUGCCAAUCGCCAGCCAUUUUGAAAAUACACGAACGCACACACACUGGUGAAAAGCCGUUUUCAUGUACAUUCUGCGAUUACAAAUCCGGUCAAAAGAAUAAUGUUGCGAAACACAUUUUGGUCCACAUGAAAGAGAAGCCUUUUCGCUGUCAAUAUUGCAAUUACAGGUGUGCGCAAAAGAACAAUCUAGUUGUACAUGAACGCACUCAUACGGGCUACAAACCGUUUGCAUGUCCGUAUUGUGAUUACCGAACUGUGCAGAAGCCGAAUCUUGUUAAACAUAUGUAUUUGCAUACGGACCAGAAGCCAUUCAGUUGUGAUAUGUGUAGCUAUAAGUGCGUUCAGAAGACAAAUUUGACGAAGCACAAACAGAGGCAUUUGAACGAAAAGGAUGCGGAUAAAGUGGACAAAAAUAUAGUUAAACCGUACCAGCCUAGGCAGAAAAGUGUGAAGUGUCCUCACUGUGCUUACAAGUGCGUGCAAAAAGCAAGUUUGGACAAGCAUUUAUUGUAUAAACAUAACAGUGCCAAUGCGGUUGAUCUGAAUUGUGUCAACGUAGAAAAUACUGAUACUGUGCAAAAUUUGAGUGUGAAAAAGAACGACGAGUGUCAAACUUUAAGUCAUAGUGUUAAGGUUUGAUGUGUGAUUGUGUUUAAGGUUUUUUAUGGAUUAAUUUUAUUAAAAUUAAUACUCCCAGUGACCAUCAACAAAUGUAAUGUUAAAAUAUACCAAAUAACAGGUGUUUUCUAUUAUUAGAAGAUUUCUUUGACAGUCUUUACUUUAGGAAAUAUUAUAAAGCUGGCUUUGAUAUAUAAACUUACAGUACUUUAAAAAAACAAAAUUCACAUGCAAAUAUCUAAUUGCCACUUUUUUUUAAUCAUGUAUUUUAUUAUCGUUGCUUUACACAAGAAAUAAUGCAAAAUAAUUUUUACAAUGUAUUUUUUACUUUUUUUUUAAUAUUUUGUUGAUCUACAUUUUGUACAAACAAUGAAAUUUUCACUUCAAAUCAUUGCUUCCUUCUCGAACCUUCGAUAAGGCAUAGAAAAAAAAAUUAAGAUUGCGCGGAAAAUCUAAUUUUUUAACUCAUUAUUAAUAAUUAUCCCAGUAUAACUGGCUGAGUAAUUAUUCAAAUGAAAAUUCAUAAAAAUUGUCGUUGCAAAUUGGCAUUUUUGCAAUGAUGUUUAUUUUGCGAAUUUUACUAGAUCAAACGCGUCGAUGAUGAAGUACACGCUAAUUUGUACGUGAUUUGAUCAGCGCCAUCUCGUGGUAACGUGAUGGCACUAAUACGAAUUCAAAUUCGCGUUUGCUAGCUUGACGCGUUUGAUUAAGUGAAACUCGCACUACCCUCUCUGGUCAUUUAAAUAGCAUACUUUUAAACCCGACGAAAUGAGAGAGGAGUUAUAAGUUUGACAUGUCUGUCUGUGGCAUCAUAGCUCACUAACAUCAAGCGAUUGAAAUUAUGUUUUUUGGAUUAAAGGUGAGAUUGACGUACGUGUUUGAUCAUAAUUGGUUGAGUCAAAGAUCAAAAAUUUGUGGGAGCUGAAAGUGGUGAUAGAGAAUAUUUAUGAUUUAAUCGAGAGCGUUCUUACCUUAACCCCCGGUGCAAAAAAAGUGAUGUGUUAUAAGUAAAAUUUGUGUCGGGACUUUUCCUCAAAUUUAAUAGGUAUUAUAGAACUUGAAUGACCAGUUGUAAAAAUGGACUUAUUGCUAAAAUGGCAGACGCGCAGCCUAUGAAAUGAGAUCCUUAUUAAGAUUAUCGUAAGGUUUAUUUUUAGUUGUAAGCUAAACGCCUUUUGGCUGUGAGUAAUUUGUAUUUUUUUUUUGACGUUUAAGCAACGAAAUUGAUUUUUAAGCGACAAUAUGUACCCAAUUUUUAGGGACCAAUUGAAAUAAGAAUCUGAAAUAUUUAAAAUCCAUAUACUUCAAAAUAAUAUUGCUAUAUAUUUUUUUUAAUAAGUUUUCAGACAGAUUAAACAUUAAUUCUACCUGUAUUUUUUUGUAUUAACUCAGUCUUAGUUAGCAUCAAGUGUCUUCCUGCAAACUAAAUAAAAUCGUGGUAUCACCUAGUAAGUAGUUACUUACUUAUUCAUUCUAAUUUUGCAAAUUGGUCCCUUGAAAUUGCGAGGUGUUUUGAUUGGACCUGGUCACAUACAUAUAGUGACGUCUAUAUCCCUUACCGGUUAGACAGAGCCAACUGUCUUAAACAGAUUGAUUUACCAUGCUCAGCUUUUUGGCUUGAUGAUACCUGGUUACAAGUAAAUAUAUUUAAUUAAACAUCACUAGAUUUUGAUCGUCCACAAAGUUUUAUUUUAAUUUUCAACCUUUUAAUAAAGAAACUUGCAACCUAUAUAAAUUAAUGCUCUGUCGGCACCGUAAUACACAAAGACGCCAUAUCUUCUAACCAGGUUCAAUUCUUAACGAACUGUUACCAAGAGAUUUGAUUGUACCUUAUUAACAUCACAAUAUGUAUAAAUGUAGUUCUAAGAAAAACGAUGUUUUUGUAUUGUUUUUUAAGAAUUAAAUGCUUACCAAAGUG